AUGCUUAUCGCUGCUGGUGUCCGAUAUGAUAUCAAGGCCCAUAAAGCUCAUGAGAGGAAGAAAAAGGAGAAAGAACAACAAGAACAAAUUCAACAAUUACAAGCUCAGCAGCAACAAGAAGAGCAGGAUAUCAAAAAUAUGCUCAAGAAGGAUAAGGAUACUUUGCGUGUUCAAGAUUUGGCCAGGCUCGAUCCGAACGGAAGGGUCUCACCUCGAUCUCGAGAUCAUGAUCAUUCGGAACAAUCAAAACGACAUGGGGUCAUUCCCAAUCAUGACGACGUAACAUCCUCACGUUCCGAGUAUCAGGGUGGUUGUGGUCAUUCUCACCACACUGCAUGCUCUGAUGUACGACCUUUUGAGAGAAGAGAACAUCCCAAGUCCGACUCCGAUUAUUCCGUCUCCUCAGGCUAUGGUGAUGAAGAAGUAAGUAGAUCAACUACACUUUAUCCCUUUGCAUCAUUGCGGGCGAGUAUACGGGCUGACGAAGUUACCUUGGGAUUGGAAUGGACUUGGAAGCCUGGGCUGAUCAGCCCUGUAACAAAAGAAGGGAAAUAA